AUGGCACCAAGCCACAAUCGGUGCAUCGUUCGGCCGUCGGUAGCAGAGUUCGACGAGACUGUGCGGCAGAUUUUCGAGAUAUUUGGCGAAGCCAUGGAAACAAGUGGGCCCCAGCUGACCAAGAACUUGGAAGUGCGUCGCUGUUUGGAGAAGAUGCUGGAGCAAAAUGAAGCUGGCUUUCGUGCUGAUAUGAAGCAGACAGAUGAUUGGAAUGAAUGUCGGCUAGCAAGGAUCAGGGCGGCUGUGCUGACACGGCGCUUGAUGACUCAACAGUUGUCUUUGGUGGAGAGAGAAGCGCGUGAGAAAGCCGAACAGCGACUACAGGCAGUGGAAGAAGAUCUGCAUUUUGCAAGUGAUCUAUGCCAGCUGCACCAAAGAUGGAGGGAUUCUGUGAUGGAAGUUCGGCAAGGCCAUGGAUUCCAGGAGAAGGAAGCGACGCCAGUGCUUGAAGCAGACGGUGCUUCAGAAGCACCGGAGGAGGAACAGUUUGCAGGAUGUCCGGCUGCUCCUGCGGUCUUACUCGGGAAGACCCGUCGAGUGACCCAGGACAAACAAGACGAGAAGAUGCAGCCGGAAGACCCCGAUGAGGACGGAACCGAAGGGACCGCUGACAUGGUGGAUCAGAUGCUUCACAAGCACGAGAGACAGGCGACACCUUUUGGUGCCCGAUGCAUUUGGAGCCAGACCUCAGGUUCACCAGACAGCGAGUCGCAAAGGAGCGAGGUCUUACGAAGCUUCGAGUCGCAAGCCACCACAGCUGAGUCCCCAAUGUGA